GCUACAAUUGAAACCAUAUAUUUGGAUAUGACUGAGCGGACAGAAAUAUGUAUAAGCUCUGAUGCACUUAGAAAGAUGCCAAAGCUAAGGUUACUUGCUUUUGCUAACGACAAUGGCUAUGGACAAAAGAGAGUUGAUUAUACAUUGAGUCUUCCAACAGCUCUGGAGUUGCCUAAUAACUUGAGAUACAUUCAAUGGGAUGGAUGUCCAUUAAAAUCUCUAUCAACCACUUCUUGGCCAAGCAAGCUUGUUGAACUCUCCAUGCCGUAUAGUGAUCUUGAAAAGCUUUGGGAUGAGCCCCUGAAUUUUCCAAGUUUGGAGCUAAUUUAUCUGGCUAGUUCGAAACGAAUGAUAGAGUGUCCAGAUUUAUCCGGUGCUCCAAAUCUAAAAGAAGUGUGGGUGAAUGGUUGUGACAAAUUAACUCAUCUUCACCCUUCUAUUUUCUCUCUUCCAAAGCUUUCAGGGUUAUGUGUGUAUGGAUGCAAAGAACUUAAGAGCCUAAGCAGCAACAAUUGUUCAACAUCCCUUGAAAGAGUUGUUGCCUACAACUGCCCAAAUCUGGAAGAAUUCUCAAUCCCAAUUUCAAAAGACCAUUCUGAUAUUCAUGUCCAUUUGAGGUCAACUGCCUUGAAACAACUACCAUCAUCAAUUGUGCAUCUUCAACAUCUUGUGAACUUCUCCUUUCCAAUCAGCGAUCUCCUCAUGGAUCUUCCUGAAAAGUACACCAAUCAAAUCAUGCUUUCAGACCCUAACAACCAAGAAUGUGACUCAGUGGCCACCUUACGCAGAAUACUACCCAGCCCUAUGUUCCAUUAUCUAAAAGAAUUGAAGUUUGAUGGAUGUCAAAGUUUAACUGAACUCCCAGACACAAUCUCUUUGUUAUCGUCAUUGUUGUUGAUAAGCCUACAUAACACUAACAUCACUUCCUUUCCAGAAAACAUUAAGACUCUUCCGCGGCUCAAGGUUGUUAUACUUUGUCAUUGUGAAAGGUUACAACAUGUACCAGCGCUUCCACCUUCCGUUCAUGACUUCAAGGUCUGGGACUGCAAAUCUUUGAGGACAGUGUCAGGUUCCAAUACAGAAGAACUGAAAAUACAGCAUGGUACUACUUUUAUAUUCCUAAACUGCGUGAUGUUGGAUGAAGAGUCAUACAAUACCAUUUUGAAAGAUGCCAUUGCUAGGAUGGAAAUCAAGGCAAAAUCACUAUCAGCAACAAGAACAGAAAACAGAAUUGAAGAAUGCACUGUUGUUGAUGAUGGUGAUGGCUUUCUUAGUGAGGAUAACGCCAACGUUGGCAAGAUUUGUUAUUUCUUGCCAAUUAGAGGAAGUAAACUUGAUGACUUGUUCCAUAAUGGAUCUUCACAAAAUUCCAUCAGCAUUCAACUGCCACUAAGUUCCAAUUUCUCUGGUUUCAUUUUCUACUUGGCUCUUCCUCCAAUACCACCAUGUAAUACUGGUGACCUUGACAUUAGGUUUGGGUUUGAAUGUUACUUGGAAACAAGUUGGGGUCAAAGGACCCAUAUAGCAAGUUCGUCCUUAAUAGGAUGGGGCUGCAGUUUUUACCAUGGCUUUCAGAUGAAUGUUAUGUCGGAUCAUGUGUUAUUAUGGUAUGAUUCCCAAUGCUGUAAGCAGAUAAUGAAAAUAAUCAGAGGAAGAAAGGCCAUUGAUGAUGAUGACAAUAAUGCAAAUCUGGAAGUUAAGUUCUUUGCUCGGCUACCAAAUAAGGAGGAAGUGGUGAUAAAAGAGUGUGGCAUCCGUUGGAUAUACACAAAUAUGGAGAAGGAAUCAAGAGUGUGCAGGUUCAAGAGAAGCAGGCAAGUUUUCGAGUUAGAAGAAAAAGACUUGGAAUCUGAUGAUGAAGGAGAAGAACUAGUUCCUCCAGCAAAGAAAUUUAAGCAUAGCUUAAUGGAAGUUGAAUCAGUAGAAAACUUGAGGAAAAAACUAGAACAACUUUUGCACAUUCAAUUUGAUGGAGGCUUUCUUAGCGCGGAGAUCAAACUGGGGUACAAUGUGUAGUCCAUUUACAAUUAUAGUUCUUAUGAGCAAUUUCAGUUUAAAGAAAUAUAGCAACUGCACAUCAUUAUUGCUGAAGAUGGGUAAACUUGAAUGCCAAAGAAUAGCUUCUAGUGCCUUCAAUAGUUCAGUGCCAUCAAAAUGGGUUCUUCCCAGUUAUUUUUUCUUUUUGGUCUCAGUCCUUCUCAAUUAUAUUUCUAAAGAUACUAUUCUCUCUUUCUAUUUGUUAUUUUCUAUUUGCGAACACUCAAAUAAAAAUAAAAAUGCUCAUUUCAUCUUUUG